AGACAAGCUACAUUCCUACUCCGCACAGAAUAAUUUCAACCUAAGUAGACCUGUGCGGCUAUAAAUUAAAAAAGACCCAUUUAUUUUUCUAAAAAUUGAAUUUUCAAUUAUAACUUUGCUUCUUCUGUAGAACAUCUCUGUUCAGCUUAUUCUUCUCUGUGCAGACAUCAACCACCCACCAAAAUCAACUAGAACCAGUUCAUGAGGCCACACAACACACAGGACUUACUCCAAUGCUGGAAGCCAUUGCAUUCACUGUUCACAGAAUCUCUUAUGAGGUUUCUUCACUGCACAUCCUGAAUUACUUCUAUUUCUUCAUCAUUCAUACAAAGUUCUUCUUCCUGCUUCAGGUGACUUUCAAAUGCUCUGGUGCUGGAGAUGCCCAUUCAACAACCAUGGCCGUCUUCCACACUCUCUCCACCUUCACUUGGGAUGCCAAAGCAGUAAUGGCUUUGGCAGCCUUAGCAGUCAACUAUGGCGAGUUCUGGCUUACUGCGCAGCUCCAUGCGGAGAACCCAUUAGCCAAAUCUUUGGCUCUUCUGAAGCAGAUUCCAGACAUCAUUGAGCACACAGAUGUUCUCAAAGCUCGGUUCGACGCCAUUAACAAGCUCGUUACAGUCAUGCUCAGUGUCACCAAAUCCAUCAUAGAAUUCACUGAACUUCCUUCUGAUUAUAUUAGUUCGGACUCUCCUGACGUGACCAUGGCCAUGGCUCAUAUCCCCACUGCUGUCUAUUGGGUCAUUAGAGGCGUCGUUGCCUGUAUUUCCCAGACUAUUGGUCUCAUCGGAAUCGGCCAUGAGUGUCAGUUCUUCGAACCCGAAACAGACCCCGCUUCAGAUCUGGGUCAAACCCAAAACCGUGAAAAAAUAUACAUCAGCUCAACAACAGAGGCAUGGGAGCUCUCCACCAUAGCUCACAAACUAGCAAACAUACAUGGCCACCUCACCAAACAACUUGACCUCUGCAACAAAUACAUUGAUGGAAAGAGACAUCACGAAGCCUAUCAAACUCUGGUUAGGCUCUUCGAGACCAUCCACAUAGACAACUUGAAGAUCCUCAGGGCUCUAAUCUAUUCCAAAGAUGAUCUUGCUCUCUUUGAUUGCUUCAGAAAGAAGAGAGUUGGUGUUGAUGUGCUGAGAAGGAAAAUCGUUAUGCUUUUCAUAAGCGACCUCGAUAUUAGCCAUGAGGAGCUCUUCAUUCUCGUUCAGAUAUAUCAAGAUAUCCACCAUAGCAAGACUGAAAGGAACUAUGAGAUAGUCUGGUUGCCAGUUACAGACAGAGACCAGCCAUGGACAGAGAAGAGAGAAGAUGACUUCAACAGAUUAGCCUCAAAUAUGCCAUGGUACAUACUGCACCAUCCCUCUCUUCUUCAACCUGCAGUCAUCAGGUACAUAAGGAAGGUCUGGCAUUUUGAAAAGAAGCCAAUUUUGGUGGUCUUAGAUCCUCAAGGAAAGGUUGUUUGCCCCAAUGCAAUCCACAUGAUUUGGAUAUGGGGAAGCCUGGCCUUUCCUUUUACUAGCAGUAGAGAAGAGGCUUUAUGGAAGGAAGAAACCUGGAAGCUGGAGCUCCUAAUCGAUGAGAUUGACCAAACCAUUCUUUCCUGGAUCAGGGAAGGUAAGCAUGUUUGCCUCUACGGAGGAGAAGACAUAGACUGGAUCAGGCAUUUCACCAAGCAGCUAAAGUACGUGGCACAUGAAGCCAAAGUGCCACUGGAAAUGGUUUAUGUAGGGAAGAGCAACCCGAAAGGAAUCAAGAAGGCGAUAGGAAUCAUCAAGGAGGAGAAGCUGAGUAGCUACUGGGACGAUCCCGCCAUGGUUUGGUUCUUCUGGGUGAGGCUGGAGAGCAUGUGGUACUCGAUGAUGCAGCACGGUAGAAACGUUGAAGAAGACCAAAUCAUGCAGGAGGUGAUGCAUAUGCUGAGCUUCGGCGGUGGCGAUGAAGGAUGGGCUAUAAUCAGCCAUGGCUCGUUUGAGAUGUUGAAGUCCCAUGGUAAAAAGCUCCAUGAUUGCUUGCUGGACUUCGAAAACUGGAAGGCCGACGUGGAGGUUGAGGGGUUCUUACCGGCGCUGGCGAAGGCUCUGCUGCCUUAUCAGACACACGAGCACUGCACGCGCCUGAUUCUUCCAGGCGACACAGGACAAAUUCAGGAGAAGGUGGUUUGUGCUGAGUGCAAGCGUCCCAUGGAGAAAUAUGUUCUCUUCCGCUGCUGCAAAGACUGA